CGGAAGCAACCAGACCACAGUGAACGGUCGACGGACUGUCCCGCCGAUCAGUCUCCGGCUCUUUGCAAUAUUCGGCAUAAAUAAACCAAAUAAACUAAAAGGUUUAACAGUGUUAAAACCAUCUCGCCCUGUCUCGUACGGAUCCGAUCAGAUAUAUGGUAAAAUCUCCAGUUCAUUGAAGCCUAAUCCGUUUCUCAUCAUCGGAUUGGGAUGGAAACGCCGGCGUUGAAGAAGGCUGGAGACCAGAGGGGAUCCGAGAGGUAUGGACCGGACGGCAGCACCGGAGGCAGCAGUAAUGGUGUUGUUGACGCCAACAACAAUCGAGAUAACAACCAUGAGAAGAAUAGGACUGAGGAUUUUAAAGUUGGUCACAGGAGUAGCAACAGCAGCGUCGGUGAAGAGGGAGGGCGGUUUGAGUAUUGCGGGUGCGUGUAUCAUUUAGGCGUCAACUCCAUUGGUCAUGAGUACUGCCAUCUUCGGUUUCUCUCCAUAAGAGGGAAAUACGUCGAGAUGUAUAAGAGAGAUCCUCACGAGUACAACGGCAUUAUGCCGAUUAGGAGGGGUGUCAUAGGACCCACGGUAAUGGUAGAGGAGCUAGGUCGUCGGAGAGUCAAUCAUGGGGAUCUAUAUGUAAUACGGUUUUAUAACCGAUUGGAUGAGUCCAAGAAAGGAGAAAUUGCUUGUGCAACAGCUGGAGAAGCCCGGAAAUGGAUGGAGGCAUUUGAUCAUGCAAAGCAACAGGCUGAGUAUGAGCUUUCAAGGGGUGGCAGUGUCAGACAGAAAUUGAACUUGGAGGCUGACAUCGACCUGGAAGGACAUCGACCUAGAGUUAGGCGUUACGCAAAUGGUUUAAGAAAGCUUAUAAGAAUUGGACAAGGCCCGGAGCCACUUUUGCGGCAAUCGUCAAACUUGGGUGCCAAUGUUAAUUCAGAUAGGUACUUUGAAGCAGAUUCCACUGAUGCAAUUGAAGGGCAUGAAUGGAAAUGUGUUCGAUCAAUAAAUGGGGUUAGAAUCUUUGAGGAUGUGGCUGCUUCAAAGAGUGGGAAAGGUGUUCUUGUGAAGGCUGUUGGUGUUGUUGAUGCAAGUGCAGAUACUGUUUUUGAGGUGGUACUAAACUUGGACCGGCAUCGGAGAUAUGAGUGGGAUAUGUUUACAGGUGACUUGGAGCUGGUAGAUUCCUACGAUGGACAUUACGAUGUUGUCUACGGAUCAUUUGAUCCAAAAUAUCUUACUCAAUGGAAAUCUAAAAGGGAUUUUGUCUUCUCUAGGCAAUGGUUUCGAGGGCAAGAUGGAGCAUACACAAUAUUGCAAUUUCCUGCUGUUCAUAAGAAGCAGCCCCCUAGAUCUCAUUACCGACGAAUAAAACUUAAUCCAUCUACUUGGGAGAUUAGAAACUUGCACCCACCUUUGGGUUCAGGUGCAGCAAAAUGUCUUGUAACUCAAAUGUUAGAGAUACAUUGUUCUGGCUGGUGUAGAUGGAAGAAAAAUAGCUGCUCAAAGUUUGAAAAGACCAUCCCUUAUGCAUUAUUGUGUCAGGUGUCAGGUUUAAAGGAGUACAUUGGAGCAAAUCCAGCACUCAAAUCUGAAUCUUCAACCAUGGUUGUCCAUUCUCAAUAUUUUGAUAGUCCGGGUUCCAGUGGUGAUUAUGAAGAUUCAGAAAUUCGGGAUGAGUUCUAUGAUGCAAUUGCUGGUGAUUCAUCAUCAUCAUCGGACGAAGAAGAUGAAGCUAGUGAAGGAUGUAAAGUUAACAAGGAGACAAAAGUGAGGCUGAAGAAUGUAUCUUGGGCAAUCACAAGCUUAGCUUUGAAACGAGCUUCAGGUCCAGAUGCAAAUAAGGAACUAGAUGCUGGGGUAGCUCCAGUCAAUGUUGAUCCAAGCCAGUUCAAUUGUUCCCUCCGCAAUGGAAAGAAUGAGACUGACUCAAAUUGUUGGGCAUCUCCUAGUGGCAAGGGAUUUAUGAUAAGAGGGAAGACAUACCUAAAAGAUAGUACAAAGGUAACGGGUGGGGAUCCACUUCUCAAGCUUAUUGGUGUGGAUUGGUUUAAAGUUGAUAAAGCCAUAGAUAGGGUUGCAUUGCACCAGAGUUGUCUAGUUCAGUCAGAAGCAGGGAAAAAGCUCCCAUUCAUCCUUGUCAUCAAUCUCCAGGUUCCAGCAAAACCAAACUAUAGUUUGGUUCUCUAUUAUGCCUCUGAAAGGCCUGUGAAUAAAAGUUCCUUGUUAGGGAAGUUUGUGGAUGGGACAGACAUGUUUCGAGAUUCAAGAUUUAAAUUGAUCCCAAGUAUUGUUGAGGGAUACUGGAUGGUCAAGCGUGCAGUUGGAACAAAAGCUUGCCUACUGGGUAAAGCUGUAACCUGCAAAUAUUUCAGACAAGAUAAUUUUCUGGAGGUUGAUGUGGAUAUUGGAUCAUCAUCUGUCGCAAGGAGUGUUAUUGGUCUUGUCCUUGGAUAUGUGACAAGCUUAGUAGUUGAUCUUGCAAUUCUGAUAGAGGCAAAGGAGGAGGGAGAGUUGCCUGAGUACAUUCUUGGGACUGUUCGGCUGAAUAAAUUACAGCUUGACUCUGCUGAACAACUAGAAGUUUGAGGUUUAUAUAUAUCGACAUUCUUUUAUCAUCUCUCUUUUCCAAGGUUGAUGUCAUUACUGCAAUAGGGGGGCUUCAUCUGUCGAACAUUACCCAUGGCCUGAUAUAAUAUUGCUCUUGCAUUGUCAGUUGAACCUCAAAAUUUAGAUAUGUGGAAUAAACAUCCUUGGGGGUCUUCCCAAACCCCAACUUUACAUCACUUCAGUAUACGGUUGUGAGGAGGAUUAGAUUUGAGUUUCUCUCUUGCUAGCUCUAUGGUGUUGUACCGAGCUUGAAUAAGUUAUUGGUGCCUGAGAAAUUUCACUUGCCCAUAUUAUUUAGAGCUGGACAAGAUUAUACUAGGUAAAGAACAGUGGACAAUUUUGUACACAAUUUAAUGUACAAAAUAGUAUAUCCAUCUUUAUCUUCCAUAACAGGGGCAUUGGGCUUCUUGUAAUGCAUUUUUUAUGGAACGACAUCCAUUAUUGGUCUGAUUACAUUUUUACCGUACGCAAUAGAGUCGACAGGAAACU